UAGGCGCAUUCAGGGUGUUUAGUUUACACUCACAGCCACAGCUCAUGGCUGCUCUCCCACAGGUACUUUCCUUUCUGUUAAGCCACAGCCGAACCAAACGCAUCUUCAAUCGGCCGGGCUCGUUCGGGAGGUUCGAUGACGAUGGUCCGGGCAAUUCCGGCAACAGCGGUUCUCGAUUCGUUCAAGCGCGUCAAGUGCUCUGCUGGUGGCUGGCCGGACCAGUUCGACUGGGUUCUCCUCGGGUGCCUUCUGUGCGGCGGCGCUGGUGAACUUGUACGCCAGGUGCGGCAGCGUGGGGGACGCCCGCAAGGUGUUCGGCGGAAUUGCAUGCCCAGACACCGUGUGCUGGGCGAGCAUGAUCUCUGGGUACCACCGAGCUGGAAGAUAUCAGAAAGCACUGUCUCUGUUCUCGAGGAUGGUGAAGAUGGGAUCAUCUCCGGACCAAGUGACCUGUGUCACCGUCAUUUCCACUCUUGCAAGCUUGGGUAGGUUGGAUGAUGCGAGGACCUUCCUGAAGAGGAUGCCAGCGCCGAGCACGGUUUCUUGGAACGCUGUCAUCUCCAGUUAUGCGCAACAGAAUGGGAUGGAGCAUGAGGUCUUUGGAUUGUAUAAGGAUAUGAAGAGGCAGGGAUUAUGGCCCAGUAGGUCCACUUUUGCGAGCAUGCUAAGCGCAGCAGCCAAUGUGAUGGCUUUUGUUGAAGGCCGGCAGUUUCAUGCUUCGGCAGUAAGGCAUGGCUUGGAUGCAAAUGUUUUUGUUGGUAGCUCCCUGAUCAACCUUUAUGCAAAAUGUGGCUGCAUUGGUGAGGCAAGGUAUGUGUUUGAUUUCUCCCAUGAGAAGAACAUUUUCAUGUGGAAUGCGAUGCUCAAUGGGCUUGUUCGAAAUGAGCAACAAGAAGAGGCCAUCCAGAUGUUCUGGUAUAUGAUGAGGCUUGGUCUUGAGGCUGAUGAGUUCACCUUCGUCAGUGUUCUUGGUGCAUGUGCGUACUUGGAUUCACAUUGCCUGGGAAGACAGGUGCAGUGUGGGACAAUCAAGAAUUGCAUGCAUGCAAGCUUGCUUGUUGCUAAUGCAACAUUAGAUAUGUAUUCCAAGUUUGGAGCUAUAGAUGAUGCGAAAACACUAUUCAGUCUGAUUCCUUACAAAGAUAGUGUGUCCUGGAAUUCCCUUAUUGUUGGACUUGCACACAAUGGAGAAGAAGAAGAAGCAAUCAGUAUUCUCAGAUUGAUGAAUGCAGAUGGUAUAACACCAGAUGAGGUGUCUUUUGCUACUGUAGUUAAUGCAUGCUCCAAUAUUCGAGCUACUGAGACUGGAAAGCAAAUCCACUGCCUAGCAAUGAAGUAUAGUAUCUGCUCAAAUGAUGCUGUUGGUAGCUCUCUGAUUGAUUUAUAUUCAAAGCAUGGAGAUGUGGAAUCUUGUAGGAAGGUUUUGGCACAGGUAGAUGCAACUAGUAUAGUCCCAGUAAAUGCUCUGAUUGCAGGUCUUGUGCAGAACAAUAGAGAUGAUGAAGCUAUGCAGUUGUUUCAGCAGCUUCUUAGAGAUGGUUUUAAGCCCUCCAGCUUUACAUUUUCAAGCAUUCUGUCAGGUUGUACUGGACUUCUCAGUUCGGUUGUUGGCAAACAAGCCCACGGUUACACACUGAAGUCUGGUCUUCUGCAUAAUGAUUCUUCGCUUGGUGUUUCACUGAUCCGGAUAUAUUUGAAGUCGAAAAUGCCUGAGGACGCCGACAAACUCUUGACAGAGAUGCCAGAUCACAAAAACCUGCAUGAGUGGACAGCUAGCAUUUCAGGGUAUGCUCAAAAUGGUUACAGUUCUUAAUCAUUGCUAUCAUUUUGGAGAAUGCGCAGUUAUGAUGUUCACUCGGAUGAGGCGACGUUCGCUAGUAUUCUCAAAGCUUGUUCUGAGAUGACAGCUCUCAACGAUGGGAAAGAGAUACAUGGACUCAUCAUUAAAUCUGGAUUUAAUUCUUAUGAAACUUCAACUAGUGCCCUCAUAGACAUGUACUCCAAGUGUGGGGAUAUCACUUCAUCCUUUGAAGCCUUCAAACAGUUGGAAAACAAGCAAGGCAUCAUGUUAUGGAACUCCAUGAUUGUUGGAUUUGCAAAGAAUGGUUAUGCUGAUGAGGUACUUCUGCUUUUUCAGAAAAUGCAGGAGUCACAGAUAAAGCCUGAUGAAGUUACAUUCCUUGGUGUCCUAAUCGCUUGUGCUCAUGCUGGAUUAAUUUCUGUGGGUCGGCAUUACUUCAAUUAUAUGAACAAAGUCUGUGGAUUAGUGCCCAGAGUAGAUCAUUAUGCGUGCUUUAUUGAUCUCCUUGGGCGAGGUGGUCUUCUUGAAGAGGCUGAAGAAGUUAUUAACCAGUUGCCCUUCAGACCUGAUGGUGUGAUCUGGGCGACAUACCUUGCAGCAUGCAGAAUGCACAAGGAUGAAGAAAGGGGGAAAGUUGCAGCAAAAAAACUUGCUGAGUUGGAACCAGAAAACUCGUCUACAUAUGUGUUGCUUUCAAGCUUACAUGCUGCAGCUGGUAAGUUUGGUGAAGCUAAGAUAGCCAGAGAAGCAAUGCGAGAAAAUGGAAUAACAAAAAUUCCGGGAUGUAGUUGGGUCACAGUAGGGAACAAGACAAGCUUAUUUCUUGUACAAGACAAGAAACACCCCGACUAUCUUAGCAUCUAUGAGAAUCUUGAUGAUCUUACUGGAAUGAUGAAGAAAGAUGAUGACGUUGAGGAUUAUGAUAUGCUUACUUCAGCUGAAAUGUUUGGAUGAGUAAAAACCCUUCUGAACUCAAAUGCUCUGCUUAAGUUCCCUAAAAAAAAAUGCUCUGCUUAAAAACAGAGGCACUGAUAUCAUCUUCUGGCUAGUCCAGGACUUUAGGUAGAUGUUUGGUCACACUGAGCAUCACUGCAUCAGAACAGCUCGAUGGAAUAUUUGUUUUAUUCUGUUCAAGGGCACUUAAUUACCUGUGAUGAAACCAGUUUGUACAGGUUCGUUUCUAGUUUAUUUUCUCUCAGUGAACUAAUUUUAACUGCGGUUGUAAG